CCCUCACAGAUAUUUUCUUCCUAGGUGGUCCUUGCAGGUGCCCUUCAACAUGGGGAAUACAGAUGUUUUCCCACAGAAAUGCCCCCAACAGGUGUUUUCUCACGGAAACAUCCCUAGCAGGUGGGCCUCAAUACACAGAAGCCUUUGUCCCGCCGCGCCCCCCCCCGCCCCGCGCGCCCCGCCAUCUGCUUUAAUAUGACUUGUCUCAUGCAGAUGUUCUCAGGUUUUUUUCUCACUUCUCAAUUCUAUGCAGAUACUCCCCAUACAGCCUAUACCCUCCAUUUCACAGGUAUGUUUCUCAACAGAAAUCCACUCAAGAAUGCAUCAUACAGCUCCCCUCCACCCGCCCCCCCCCAAAGGCAUGUUGCAGUCAAGUAUACACCCAUAUGGGCACGUUUCCGUGUCACUGGGUCCUAUAAGGUGUACUUAAACGCGGACGUGUCUCGUGCAGCUCUUUCCGAUACAUUUCUACGCAGGAAUUUUUCAUACAAGCGUUGUUCAGUUCAUAGGGGAGCCAUGCAGAUGCGUUUCCAAAACAAACGUACCCUAACCCAGACGGCCGCGGUCAGGUGUUAUAACGCAGGCGUGUUCUACACAGCCGUUUCCCACACAGGUAUGCUUCCGUUCGUCUACACUCCAGAGAUGUGGCUCAAUGCAGACGUCUCCCACAGGUGUGCCCGCAACACAGGUGGGAGGUCCCUCUUACCCUAGCUCGCUUCCGCCCCUACUUACUCCUUGCUGUUGUAGAAUUGGGUUCCCGUUACAGGUGCGUCCCUGGCGCGGCCCCACCCCCGUUUGGCUCCGCCCUCCCAUCUGGGCUCAGGUGCACGAGCCGGAAGUGCGCUCCUCUCCCAGGUGAGUGACUAAACUUUCCGGGUCACGUGAACGGGAGGAGCUGGAGGAGUCCGACCGAGCUACCGACCGACGCACCGAGGGUUCGAGCCAGGUACUCGGACCGGGCACCGGAGCAAGGUCGAAGACGCCUGGGCCAGGUGCCGGGUCGCAGGUACCCCCGGCCCGAGAUGCGGUAGAAGCAGCGCGCAGGAGAAGCCCGGUUCCCGGUGCCACCAGCCCGUCGCCCGGCCCAUGGCGAGCCCCGGCCUGGGGCUGCUUCUGGCGCUCGGCCUGCAGCUGCUGCCCGCCCGCUGGGGCCGGGCCUGGGGGCAAACGCUGGACCCCCCCGUAAAUGACAACAGCACCAUCACACCCUCUGACCCGGGCUCCGGCUCCCAUGGGGCGCUGUCUCAGGAGGCCAUCACCGCCAUCAUUGUGGUCUUCUCCCUCCUGGCUGCCUCGCUCCUGGCCGUGGGGCUGGUGCUGCUGGUUCGAAAACUUCGGGAGAAGCGGCAGACACAGGGCACCUACCGGCCCAGCAGCGAGGAGCAGUUCUCCCACGCAGCCGAGGCCCGGGCUCCCCAGGACUCCAAGGAGACAGUGCGGGGCUGCCUGCCCAUCUAGGUCCCUUUUCCAUCUCUCUCUCUCUCUCUCUCUCUCUCUCUCUCUCUCUCUCUCUCUCGCUGUGUGACCUUGGGGGAAGGCAGAGCCCUCUCUGGGCAGUCAAACCUACCUAGUGCUUAAGAAUAGAAGGGAGGAAGGUGCUUCAAAGACUCUGCCCCUGAGGGGAAGGGAGGGUGGUGCUGCUUACAUUUUAUAUAUAUAUAUAUGUAUAUAUAUAUAUAUAUAUAUAUAUAUAUAUAUAUAUAUAUACAUAUAUAUACAUAAAUCCCAUAGUGAGAUAUAAUAAAACCUUUUUUUUUUUUUUU